AUGGAAAAAUUAGAUGAAUUAUUUUUCAUGCAGACAAUGGCAACUAAACGAGCUCAAGCUGGACUUGCAAAUGCUGCCAGAACAACAUUUGGUGAUGAUGAAUUGAAAAUGCAUGUUUACAAAAAAACAUUACAAGCACUGAUUUAUCCAAUCAGUUGCACUACACCUCACAUUUUCCAAGUGACCAAUUUUCAAACACCAACUUGGUGCUAUGAAUGUGAAGGGUUACUGUGGGGUUUAGCUCGACAAGGUCUGAAGUGUGCCGAGUGUGGCGUUAAAGUUCACGACAAAUGUCGAGACUUAAUAAGUGCAGAUUGCUUACAAAGAGCAGCAGAGAAAAGCUCCAAACAUGGCGAAGGAGAUCGAGCUCAAAAUCUGAUGGCCGUAAUUCGAGAUAGAAUGAAAAUUCAGGAAAGGAAUAAACCUGAAAUCUUUGAGACUGUUCGGAUAAUUUUCAAUAUUGAUAUAAACGUGCAAUUGGAGACAUUGAAGCAAGUAAAAGCAAGUAUUCUGGAGGGAAGUUCUAAAUGGAGUGCCAAGAUUGCUCUUACAGUAAUUUGUGCUCAGGGAUUGAUAGCCAAAGAUAAAACGGGUAAGAGUGAUCCAUAUGUAACUGCUCAAGUAGGUAAAAUGAAGAAACGAACCCGCACAAUACAUCAAGAACUGAAUCCAAUCUGGAAUGAAAAAUUCUUUUUUGAAUGUCAUAAUUCGACAGAUAGAAUCAAAAUUCGUGUUUGGGAUGAAGAUAAUGACUUAAAGAGUAAGCUGAGACAAAAGCUAACUAGAGAGUCAGAUGAUUUUCUUGGUCAAGCAAUUAUCGAGGUGAGGACAUUGAGCGGUGAGAUGGAUGUUUGGUAUAAUUUAGAAAAACGAACGGAUAAGUCAGCGGUAAGUGGCGCCAUUCGAUUGCACAUAAAUGUUGAAAUUAAAGGCGAAGAAAAAUUGGCUCCGUAUCACAUUCAGUACACAUGUUUACAUGAACAUUUAUUCCAAGUAAGUAUUCAUCUUUUCUGUGAGAAACACCACUGCACGGAACAGGACGAAGUUCGACUUCCAGAUGCUAGAGAUGAUGACUCUUGGAAAGUAUAUUUUGAUGACACUGGUCAAGAAAUUUGCGAUGAAUUUGCUAUGCGUUACGGUAUCGAAAACAUCUAUCAGGCGAUGACGCACUUUGCAUGUCUCUGUACGAGAUAUAUGUGCUCAGGGGUACCUGCAGUACUGUCAACUCUGCUUGCGAAUAUCAAUGCUUACUACGCUCAUACGACCGCUACCUCAGCCGUGUCAGCAUCAGAUCGCUUCAAUGCUUCAAAUUUUGGCAAAGAUCGCUUUGUAAAGCUAUUGGAUCAGCUGCACAAUUCUUUGCGAAUUGACCUCUCCAUGUACAGGGUGAAUCAUUUUCUUUUUUGA